GUUUGUCGAGUUUCCACCCGGUCUCUUAUUAGAGGGACACAUUCAAGAUGGCGGCCGAGGAGCUGAAUGUCAACACACCUCCUGCUGGGAAAGAAAGCGUGAAUGAGGCUAAGUUACAAAUGUUAAAAGGUGGAGUGUUUCUGACGACCGUGGCCACUGCAGGAAUGAUUGCUGGAUUCGGCUCGACCCUCGCGUUGGCAAAGAAAAAGAGCCCUGAGUGGUUCAAUAAGGGUGUCGUGGGAACGGUGGCGGUGCCUGAGAGUGGAGCGUCGUUGGCCCUGCGUGCACUCGGAUGGGGUUCUCUGUAUGCCUGGUGUGGAGUCGGCCUUCUCACCUACACAGUAUGGAAAGCUAUGGGCGUCCACAGCUUGGUGGAAUUCCGGCAGAAAAUGCAGUCCAUCUUUCCUGCCAUCCCUAAAAAUGAAGACGUUGAGCCAAACGCAGCAACUUUGGACUGGGACUCGCUAUUUAGAUCCAAAUGAUCAUUGAUGUGCCGGUGAAGAGAACUUUACAUGUUUGCUCACUGGAGGGACAACCUGCAAAAUGACUGCCAGGUCAGAUGAAAAUCAAGUUUCUGUCCUCUUCCUAGAUUCUGUAUUCACAUCGAUGAUGAAGAAUCAGGAAAAGACUCUUUCUGGCUUCAUUAUACUGUGUGUGUGUGUGUGAGAGAUGGUGAAGUGCUGGUCCAAAGGACAUUUUCCUCUGUAAGUAGUAGCAUGUGCACAAUAAUUUAAAUUGGCGUAGGGAGUUUGGAGCAGUUUUGAUUAAACAAAGAAGAAGAAAAUGACUUGUGCAUGGAUGCAAUGUGUUCAGAGAUUACAUUUAAAAUUUAAUGCUGCUCUUCAAAUAUAACGUAAAAGAGGGCAUGUCAUCCAAAAGUACAUGGACACUUGACCAGAAAGCUCAUACAUUUUAUUUUAUUUAUAUA